AUUGAAUGGCGAACUUGCAAAUUGUUCAGGCCCUGAGUGGCAAAAGUGUGGAGCCACAGCAUGUAGAAAUGAUGGUGCCUCUAUACUCUUACGGUUGCGGCAGAAAAAUAAAGAAGGCUCUCCUCUCCCAUUUCAGAGGGAUAUAUUCGGUAACAGUGGAUUACAAACUACAGAAGGUGACGGUGUGGGGUAUCUGCAACAAAUACGAUGUCCUAGCCACCAUCAGGAGGAAGAGAAAGGAAGCUCGUUUCUGGGACAUCGACCAGCUACCCUCUUACCAUCAUCACCAAGAUGAACCCACAUGUUCUUCUUCUUCUUCUUCUCUGCCGCCGCCGCCUCCUCCCCCUCCUCCUCCUCCUGCUACUGCUGCGACAACAACCAUGAUGAGCAUCAUCCCCAACAAGCUCUGCUCUCUCAGUCUCUACUGGAGAACAUGGAAGAAUAAGAAGGGUGACUUACUAAGAUCCUACUAUCGUAAGCAUUAG